AUGAGCCCCAUGCUCUCCUACCCCCUGCUCCACCUCGCCUACCUCCGUCCCUUCACCCCAUAUACUUCUUCGUCUUCCUCUGUGCCCGCUUCCCCCAGCUGCAGAUUCCUCAUCAACCUCCAGCCGCAUCACACUCACUCUUCUCCUGUGCCCACGGUAGGCGUCACGUCUGCUUCCCUGACUGUUUGGUUAAUCAUCUUUUUAAACAUGAAUAAUUCCGUCGAAGUCCCUACAAACCGCCUCCUGUCUAGCCCAUGGGGUGCUGUGACAGCGUGUGAUAGUCGUCGUCGUCGUCGUCGUCGUCGUCGUCGUCGUCGUCGUCGUCGUCGUCGCUUUAUCAUGCAACUUUUCUUUCGCCUCCCGCCCUGUCAAUUCUCUGCUGGGACCGCACGAGGCUUGGCGCUCGCCCCGCGAGUGCUCGAAGCCAAUCGGCGCUGUCCCUUCUCUGAUUGA